AACUAAAAAUUUAUAAUUGGAUGUCUACAAAGAGCAAUAACACCUUUUAAAUUAACAUAAUUAGACGAAAGCUUUAAUUACGUACAACUUACGUUGCGAUCAAACUUUGUCAAUCAAAGCAAAUCUGUACGAAACAAUUUAAAAAAGUGUGUUUACACAGUGAUUGAGAUUCAGUUGCUUUCGUAUCGACCAAAAACUUUUAAUAAUGUAGAAUUCCAUUCGUUUGCUUUACCCUCGUAUGAGGGGAGUAAACUGGAACUCCUGCACUUGUACUAAAUGCGUUUGCGGUGACCUGCACACGCACUGCACUCGUUCUAUUUGAAAAGCGCGGUAGCGCAUUUGCAUGUAUAUUGAACCUUGAAUUUAUUUUCGAAACGACUCCAAUCACCGAAGCUUAAUUGAUCGUUAAAUUUGAAAGUAAAUAUACAUUUUUUUCGUAUCCUUUUAAUAUAUCGUUUGUUGUAUAAAAAGUGAAAAAUGUGACUGGAAGUAGCUGGUUUAUAUGGUGGUAAUAAAUGUCUCUGACACUCACCAUUCUGUCCCAGAAUAAAAUUGUCUCGCGCUGAUUCUGAUGUUUUCCCAUUUGUCUAGAUUUCUCCGACGUCGCGUUGAACGGAAAUUCUAUGACUUCCAUUUCACGUUUUUGAUUUUCUUGGUAUGCAUACGAAUUUUCUAUCAACUCAUCACAUUAAAUUAAAGGUUAAAUUUGUGUAUGAACACAAAGCUUUAUGAUGGGGUUGAAUCAAUUUACAGAUAUAAAAUUGUACGAUAAAAUUGCGAUGACGGUUCGGAUUGAAAUCAAAAGGUUAAUUAGUCGAUUACCCCAACAGGUUGUGUAUCUUCGUGUAACAUCGCCCGGAUUCCGGUUUAGAUUGCAUGCUUAGAUAACGGGGGCGACUUCCUGUCGUGCUAAUUGCUCGGUUUCUUAAUCGAUCCUUAAACGCGUCGUUUUUACUAUGAUUCGAAGAACAUUCAAAAUCGGUUAAAACGUGGAAACUAUUAAUUAAAUUUCAAGUUGUAAACGUUUCAAUUUAUUUCUUUUUUAUUGUUCUUAAAAGGGUAAUUUACUUUAAUCCACAUCAAUCCACAUGCAAGGUAUAAAGAAGUAAUAAAACCUUACGAUCAAUAAUCUUCCAAGUUACGUGAACUUUUUCAUUUAUUAAGAACUGGGGGGUAAGUUUUGUUGGGCAAGUUUAAACCCCAAUAAUUUAAAGUUAAAUCGGGAUUUUUAAAAUGUUUUCAUCGAAUACUUCUUAAUCUCCUUGGAGUAUUAUAAAACAAAUUUCUUUUGUUGCUUCAAUUUAUACUGAAUUAUAUUAUAAAGAUGAUCCAAAAAAAAUUGAUGUAGCUCUUCGAUACUAUAGGUGUAGUGCCAAUAAGGUAUCCUUUAGAAAAUUUUCUACUCGAAUCCAUCGUAUUUUCCAAGGAUAUGGCCCCAGGCGUCUCGCGCUUUUAUUCCAUCGUCUUUUCCACCAGCCACCAACCGGCACUUUUCCACCCUUCAUGUGCAUCACCACCGCAUUUUCGUCGUCGACUUUUCCCGAGAAUAUUUGAAUAACAAACGGCCUGGAUCGAUUUUCGUCUCGUCGCAGAAGACGCAGCCGACGACGACGUCGUGUUAAGUUGCGAUCCUUCUUUUCCUGCGUUUCAGUACCCCAGGGAAUUUUGAUGGGUUGGGAAAAAGAUUAAAUGUACGCGGAAUUUCUACUGGGAGGUCGUAAUAUUAAAGGAUUUGAAAAACACAAGUACGAAAUUGUUAAAGCUCUCAAUUUUUUCAACUUUUGGAUACUUAUUACAUCAAUAUUUUUUCUCAUUAAGUGUGUGUUAUAUGUUGUGGUUAAUUAGUAGUCAACGCCGAGAUCAGGAUAUCAAAUUUAUCCAUAGAUUAGGUAAAUUAACGGCCGCGACGUCGAAUCGUGUUUGGCCGGUUUAAAUUCGGAGUUAAGGUUCGUUAUGAGUCCCCCGUUGCGGGGGUUAAGUUGAUUAGAACCCUCGGCAACGGUAUUAGUACUGCUACCGUCCGUUCCGCAAUUUACCCUUAUCUAUGCAUUCACUGCGUCUCUCUCACUUAACUCCCAACGCUAAUAAAUUUUAACCAAUGACAUAUAUCAGUGUCAUAAGAAAAUAUAUUAUUACCAAAAAUAUAUCAAAGAAUAAUCAUAUCUCAAAACUUAAAGGUGGUCCAUGUAAUGUUUUCUUUUGAUUAUGUUAUUUUGACAGCGUUGAAAAAUAUUGCAAACUUAUUUCCAAAGUCAAUGUUGUGUAGUCCAAACAGUGCGUUUAUUGAAAAGAAGUUUUGGCCGAAAUGAUGCACCCACCGCACUUGCUGUACGCAAGUUAGUGCAAAAAGUUCGUGAAACUGGCAUGCUGGACUAGUGGAUGAUGGAGAAUGUAGCUGCCGUAGCCGAGAGUGUGCGAACAUUUCACGCACCAGCCUGAGAAUUUUGCACAAACAUAAUUGACUCAGCAAUUGAAGGCACACGAUUUUUUGUUGCCGAAAAUUGAAGACAUGGCCUUGGACGAUCUUUGGUUUCAGCAGAUUUCACACAGCCCAUGCCACAAUCGAUUUUUGUCAUCCAGGCAACCACAUGAAUGGAAUUGUGUUCCAUAAAUCAUGGGAAUGUUUGCUCUUUCGAAUAAACAUCAUUUUCUUAACUUUUAAAAAGACCACUAUAUUGACCACCCUAUAUUUGAGCUAUCAAAAUAUAGUAAAUACCAUUUUAAAGCAAAUCAGUAAUAAGAUUUCUAAUAAUUAUAGACAUUCUCCCAUAUGUCUAUAAUCAUUAGAUUUUUGAACUGAAGAUGUAUUAAUUUGCACACGUGUGUUUACUUAUCAUUACGUAAGCAAAUAUUGUUGUAUAUUUGAUAGGUUUAUAAACUUGUGUAAGCACGUCGUGGUAACUAGAAGCAAAUUGGGUUAGAGGUAGAUAAAUUUGUUUUUCCAGAAUAAGCAGAUAUCUGAAUGAAAACAUCGCGACAAAUCAUUGUGCGCCAUUUCCGUUCUAAUUUCACAUUCAUGUCCUGUUUCUAUUUAAGCUAACGCCAGGUUACCAACCCCCACCAUGACCUUAUUUAUUAUUCACCCAUACCGGGGUUGUGUUAAAAAGAUCGCAAAAAGCAUUAUAAUUUUUUUUAGAGGUGGAUACUCGGUUAUAACAAAAAUUUUGUUUCUAUUUUUAAUGUCUAAGGGAAAGUUUUUCUUUUUCUAUUCCAGAUUUUGAAGAAGAGUCUUGUAAAAAAAAAGAAAAUAGAAUUAAUAUGCGCGCCAAAGUGACUAAAGUUAGUGACGGUCGUGAGAGAGGUAUUUUUCCAACGAGUCAUCAGCACAAAUCGGCCACCUAAAAAAACACAAAAAAGAAAAAGCUUCGAGAAGAGAAGGGUUUCCAUCAACGAACAAAAAUCAAGCUAACAUAUCGCUUUUUACCUUUUUCGCAUUCACUUCAUAUCAGUUACAAAAAAAACAAAUAUUCUAUAUUCAAUGUUAUCGAUUUGAAAUGUUUAAUUAUCGAUUUUUAAAUGUUUUAAUCGAUUUCAAAUGUUUAACAAUCCGUUAAAUUCAUUGUUAAAGUGUUGAGUGUUUCCACAUCUUCAUUAUCUCCAAUUGCGUAAUUUUUGAGUUUUUGCAAUGGAAGAUUCCAACAGUAUAGCUCCAGCUAUGACACAAAGUUAUGAUUCGAACGUUGAUUAUGUUAUUAGUGAUUACAUGGAGCGUUUAGGAACGAGAUUGAAUAUCCUCGAAACUGAGUUAAAGUAUGCCUGGAGAGCUUUGGAUUUAUUGUCGCAGGAAUAUAUUAAGAUGUGGGAACGAUUGGAGAAGCUUGAGGAUCUUUUAUAUGAACAACAAAGUGUUAUUUCACAAUUAUUGGAUUUUUAUACAACGGGUGGUGCGAGAUGUGAUAUGUCCGGUGGAGCACAAAUGUCCAUUUUAGAUGGACGAUUAGGUGAAUUAGAAGUUAUCAGGGAAAUCUUAGGAAAUGGAACUGUUGAAGAUGGGUUAGAAGAAGGGGUUGAUGUAUCUCGAUCGCAACAGGCUGUUAUUAAGGAGAUUGAUAUGGAUGAGAUGAGACCCGAUGAAGCGUUUUAUAGGAGUUUAAAUCAGGCAUAUAGAGAAGACUUGAGCAACGAAUCGACUCGUCCUCAAUUAGGUAUGAUUUGGGAAGAACGAGAAGAGGCUGAUGUGGAGGAGAAAAAGGAUGAAAAUCAAGAGGUGUAUAGCGCGAUGGAUUAUAAAGAUUACAGAGGGAAUACGCCUUGCAUUAACGAUCAAGAUUUAGCACAAUUAUCGCGGAUAAGUUCCAUAGAUCAAGUGACGAUCGACAAAUUAAACGAAUUAGAUAGGUUAAGCACGAAACUCCAACAAGAUUCGAUCAAUAUUAAGCAGUUGCAGAGGAAAUUGUUGGAAUCACCGCAUUCGAGUGGGGGUAUUGAAGAUAAUUUGUCUGAUAAAUCAAACAUUAUCGAUGAAAAACUUAGGCAAGUAUUAAACGAUGAGAAUUGGAGCUUCUGUUCCGGUUUGAGGGAUCAAGAAGAAUUACUCUUGCUUAGUAAAAGUGAAAUUCCUACUUCUUUAUCUAAUUCGUUUACGAACAGACCUAGUUCGCGAUUAUCAGUGACUGAUAGUGUUGUAGGAACUGAUAAUGAAGUGGCAGAAACGUUAGCUGGGGCUUCAAGAACCCCAACAUCCCCGAGGAGACGCCCGUUGGAUAUCUCAACUUGCAGCGCCCCUUUUACAACAGUAACGGGCCGUUUAGCUUACAGCGCCGCUGUUCAGCAUGUUGAUUCAGCUGUUAAUAAGAAUCCCUUCAAGAAUCCGUUUAAUCCAUUUGCUGGGAUGGGGGAUUAUGGGGAUUUGGAUAAUUUUUUAACAAAAACGUACGAUCCUACUUCUUCUACUUGUGCUUCUCCUUCAUUGUUCAAUGUUAACGUAACCGAAAAGCCUCAAUCUCCCACGUUGUCGAUGUGUAGUAAUAGCAUUAGAACGAGAGCAGAAAGUCCUCCACCUCCAGCCCCAAACGACAAUACAACCGACUCGUCGUCGACAUUCUUGAUGUCUUUGAACAAUACCCAAAAGGGUGCAGUCUUCCUCGGUGCGGAUUCCGCGCCGCCGAUGUCAAUUACGAGCCAUGAAUCGCAUUCCCCGAAAUCGCCGAAGAAGAAUAAAGCUCACUCCUCAACUACGAUUGUAACCGCAAAAUCCGAUUCGGGGUUAUCUUCAAUGAGUGGAUGGUCAAGCUUAGAAAAAUCACCAGGUUCCCCAAAGAAUGGAAAAGCUGUUACUUAUUACACUGAUUCUAAUUAUACCAGACAUCAACCCGCUACGUUUCUUGAAACCGAGCAACAUCCUAUUUGCGCAUCGACGCAAUCUAGUAUAAUCUUACCGGGUGGUCAUCAUCUUUCCGCAUUCACAACUGUCAAAUCACCUUCUGGUUUUGAUAACCCAGACGGGUAUGGUACUUUCGUUCCGGCUCCAGCACCAGCUUCUGAUAUUAACAUUAGUCCGAGGAAAAAAUCAAAAUCCCAACAAUCAAUGUAUCGCGAUCAACCGGCUAUUUAUUCAGUUGCUGGGAGUAAUAAACAAGAAUCUUAUACUUCAGUGUAUACCAGCAAUACUGAUUACUUAAACCAAGCGAGAUACCCAGAUUUGAUCGAACCCUACGAGAACAACGAACUCAAUGCUCAAAUAAGGAGACACUCGCAGCACACUUACAGUACAACGAUGCAAAGUGCGGAACCCCAAACCACCAAGAAAUUGAAUCGGUCGUAUUCGACAAGUUCGGAUGGCAUAGCUAACCAUGAAGGUUAUAAAGCUGCCAUGCAACGCACGAUGUUUCCAACGGGUAAUAUAACAGAUGCUCUUUCUUAUUAUCCAACAUCAACCCGAUACGAAUCUACGUAUAAUCUCCCACAUGAUUACGUCGAUCCAACUUGGUUAUCAGAAGGACAAUAUCCUUUAGACAACACGAGCACAUCAAGUUCAUUAAGAUCUAUGGAGACAGAAAGUUGUUAUUCAAGCCCCUACGUAGACAGAAGAAACCAAAGACCUCCACAACAAGAACUUAAUUACUCAAGAUACACAAGACAAGAUAUCCCCCAUCUCGAAUUAGAUUUGAGAAAUAGAAAUAUUCCCGAUUACAUUCAACAACACCAAGUUGGUGAAGUAUAUGAAACAACCGGAGUUAUUGUAUCCCAAUCUGGAUACAUCUCAAUAUCUUCCGAUAUGAAUGACUCACAACAACAAAAGCGCAAAAUCAAACGUGGAAACACUUUAAAAUCGGCAAUGAAUUCCGUUACUCAUUGGUUUCCCGAUUUACACCUCACCAAAAGAAAUCGAUCUUAUUCUUUGCCUGGAAAUGAUUUGAAUGACCAAUCUAAAGCAAAACCACCUGGUAUAAGGAAAAAGAAAAAAAAUCUUAUGUCUACAAUGUCGGGUAUUCUACACAAAGCAAAACGAAAAUCCCAAAGUAACCAUCAAUCAUUAUCGGACCCAGAACAAUCAGAAAAUGAGUGGGUUAAAUCGGAAAGAUCGGUUGUUUCUGAGGAUGAUCGCAGUGAAGAUAGUUGUAGUGUUUUUUCUGAAAUACAAUAUGAGAGGGAGAAUUUAUUUGAAAAGGUAAUAUCGAGUAAACCGAAAAGUUUGGUUCAAAAAGAUUUUGGACAAAAAGAGUUUGGGCAAAAAGAAUUUAAUCAGAAAGAAUUUGGGCAAAAAGAAUUUGGGCACAAAGAAUUUAAUCAGAAAGAAUUUGGACAGAAAGAGUUUGCGCAAAAAGAAUUUGGGCAGAUAGAAUUUUGUCAGAAAGAAUUUGUUCAAAAAGAAUUGGGGCAAAAAGAAUUUGAUCAAAAAGAAUAUAUUGAAGAUGAACAAGAAGAUGAAGAGGAACUUUUUAAAGAUGACGAGAAUUUUAUAAAUUAUACUCUUCAACCUCCCAAAGAAGAAAAUGAAUUUUCUGAUCAAAAUCAGAAUGAAGAAGAAAUUUCUGGUAAAAGUACGGGUAGCGGAUCUAGUAGUAUUUUUCCAACUAUUGGUGAUGUAAAAAAAUCUUCUGAUAAAUCAGAAAAAAGCGAGGAUUCAAUUAGUAGCGAUGGAAAAUUUCCUCCAGUUACCUUAGGCGGUGCUUCAAUGGAAUUUGCUGUUUCUAGAGCUUUAGGAAAGUACAGACAAAGACAAACAACGGUGUCCGAAGACCAACCGGAUGAUUUUAAUGGAAAAUUUGACGAAAAUAAAUCCGAAAUUGAUAAACCACAAACAAACAAUCAUCAAUCUUUCCAAACAAUUCAAAUUCCAAAUAAUUAUUCCGUAAAUAAUUCCUCAAAUAAUUUUCAAACUCAGCAAUCUCCAAGUAAUCUUCAAUCUCAACAAUCUCCGAAUACUCUUCAAUCCCAACAAUCUCCAAAUAAUCUUCAAUCCCAUCACUCCCCAAAUAAUCUUCAAUCCCAACACUCCCCAAGUAAUCAUAAACCCAUAAAAGAACAAAAAUCAAAUGAGAGCCAAAACAGUUUUGAUUCUUUAAACCAUACCGAAUCAAUUUCCGAAGGAAGUCCAUUAAAUAUGCGUCAACUCCGAAUUCUUCAACGUCAUCAACAAAGUUUAGAAAUCCCUUGUUACCCAGACGACGACAAUAGAAGUACUCAUUCUUGGAGAAGCGGCUCAAGAGUUUCCUCGAGAAGACAAAGUACUGAAGAUAGCAUAGAUAGUGAAGACGAAUGGUAUUGCUACGAAUUAAAAAAAUUGGAAGAAUUGGAACGACAAUCACAACUCGAAGCUGAACUAGGUGAACCACCUAAAGAAGCAGCUGAAAUGGAGGAAGCCUUAGAACCCGACGAAGAAGUUAAAGAGAAAAUGUCGUUUGUUUUGCGCGAAUUGAGGAUGAAAGCUAAAGUUGUCGAAGGAAUUUUGGACGAAAAAGACAAUAAUCGACAUGUGAUAUCUUCGGCUAAACACAGACAAGAAGAAGAAGAAUUAAAAAUAAAUUUUAAUAAAUUUGAGGAAUUUUUAUACGAAGAACCAAUAAAAGAAGUAGAAGAAGAAUACGACGAUGAAUUACAAGAUUUAGAUCGAAAAUCGAAUACAUCCGGUGAUACAUCCGGGCCGGAUUCACCUCGCCAUAGUUUGAGCGAAUAUGAAGAAGGUGAAUUAGCUGAAGAAUUCGCGAAGUGUCAACGGUUAAGUAAAGGAGAUGAAGAGCCGAUAAUACCGGAGGAAGUUCUUAAAAUUAAAGAAGAAACUGGAACAACCGUCCCUAAAAUUAAAAUCGAUUCAGCAAAAGACGAGCAAAAAGAUUCAGGCCCAAUGGGAAGUAAAUGGAAAUUAUUAAAAGCUUUGAAAGAAAGAAAAGCGGAGGAGAAAAGUAACCAAGAAAAAAUUGCAGAGAACACCGCAACUGUUGAUAAAGAUAAAAAUGGAACUGGAGUUGGUGGAGAUGCCAGCGGCAGAGCUAACGGGCAUCCAGGAGAUAAUCCCUUCUAUAGCAACAUCGACAGCAUGCCCGAUAUCCGACCGAGAAGAAAAUCGAUUCCUUUGGUUUCCGAUUUGGUGCUCAAGACGAUGGCUGCGACGAAGAGAAACGCCGGAUUGACGUCGGCUGUUCCAAGAGCGACAUUGAAUGAUGAGGAAUUGAAAAUGCAUGUAUAUAAGAAGACCCUCCAAGCUUUGAUCUAUCCGAUAAGCAGCACAACGCCGCACAACUUCGUUUUAUGGUCGGCCACAUCACCUACUUAUUGUUACGAGUGCGAAGGCCUAUUAUGGGGCAUUGCAAGGCAAGGGGUGAGAUGCACCGAAUGCGGAGUCAAGUGUCACGAGAAGUGCAAAGACCUUCUUAACGCGGAUUGCCUCCAACGUGCUGCGGAAAAAAGCUCUAAACACGGCGCUGAAGACAAAGCGAACAGCAUCAUAACAGCAAUGAGGGAAAGAAUGAAACAAAGAGAACGUGAGAAACCCGAAAUUUUCGAAUUGAUAAGGGAAGUGUUCGGUGUCGAGGACAAGAGUCAUUCGGGUCACAUGAAAGCUGUCAAACAGAGCGUCUUGGACGGUACCUCGAAAUGGUCGGCGAAAAUUGCCAUCACAGUGAAAUCUGCCCAGGGAUUAAUCGCUAAGGAUAAAAGCGGAACUUCUGAUCCUUAUGUAACCGUUCAAGUUGGAAAAGUAAAGAAGAGAACGAGGACGAUGCCUCAGGAGUUGAAUCCUGUUUGGGAUGAAAAGUUUUAUUUUGAAUGUCAUAAUUCAUCAGACAGAAUUAAAGUUCGCGUUUGGGAUGAAGACAACGACCUAAAAAGUAAACUUCGUCAAAAGCUCACUCGAGAAUCGGAUGACUUUUUAGGUCAGACGAUAAUUGAAGUGAGGACUUUGUCGGGAGAAAUGGACGUAUGGUACAAUUUGGAGAAAAGAACGGAUAAAUCAGCGGUUUCCGGAGCGAUUCGAUUGCACAUUUCCGUCGAAAUCAAAGGCGAGGAAAAAGUUGCCCCGUAUCACGUACAGUACACGUGUUUACACGAAAAUUUAUUCCAUUAUUUGUGCGAACAAAACGCCGGCACCGUUAGUCUUCCUCAAGCGAAAGGGGACGACGCUUGGAAAGUUUACUUUGAUGAGGCCGCCGAGGAAAUUGUUGACGAAUUCGCGAUGAGAUAUGGAAUUGAGUCGAUUUAUCAAGCGAUGACCCAUUUCCAUUGUCUCUCAACGAAAUAUUUAUGUCCUGGGGUUCCGGCUGUAAUGAGUAUGUUAUUAGCCAAUAUAAAUGCGUAUUACGCCCACACGACAGCAUCUUCAGCGGUUUCAGCAAGCGAUCGAUUCGCGGCUUCUAAUUUCGGGAAAGAAAAAUUUGUAAAGCUUCUCGACCAACUUCAUAAUUCCUUAAGAAUCGAUUUAUCGAUGUACAGAAAUAAUUUCCCGGCUUCAUCCAAAGAGAAAUUAAUGGACUUAAAAUCAACGGUUGAUCUUCUCACCUCGAUUACGUUCUUCCGAAUGAAAGUGCAAGAGCUUUCAUGUCCACCAAGAGCGAGUACGGUUGUUAAGGAUUGCGUUAAAGCAUGUUUGCGUUCGACUUAUCAAUUUUUGUUCGAGAACGCGUUUGAACUUUAUAUUCGAGAGUUUCAACCCGAUCCGGGCGAACAAAAACGCGAUCCCGAUGAACACGGGCCUAGUUUGGAAAGUGUCGAUUUCUGGCAUAAAUUGAUAGCGUUAAUCGUAUCGGUUAUUGAUGAAGACAAAAACAGUUAUGGUCCGGUUUUGAAUCAAUUUCCUCAAGAAUUGAAUAUUGGGCAAUUAUCAGCGGCGAAUAUGUGGGGAUUUUUCGCGUUAGAUAUGAAAUACGCUCUCGAGGAACACGAACAGCACCGAUUGUGCAAAUCUUCUGCGUACAUGAAUUUGCAUUUUAAGGUGAAAUGGUUGUAUACGAAUUAUAUCAAAGAUGUACUGCCGUACAAAGACACAGUGCCUGAAUAUCCCGCCUGGUUUGAGCCGUUCGUGAUGCAAUGGCUCAAUGAGAACGAUGAUGUUUCUUUAGAAUACCUACACGGUGCCUUUAAAAGGGAUAAACAAGACGGGUUCCAAAACAGUAGCGAACAUACACUAUUUUCAAACUCCGUCGUCGAUGUUUUCACGCAAUUAACGCAAUGCUUUGACGUCGUUUCAAAGCUCGAAUGUCCCGAUCCUGAAAUUUGGAAACGAUACAUGAAGCGUUUCGCUAAAACCAUCGUUAAAGUUCUUAUAGCGUACGCGGAUAUUGUUAAAGCUGAAUUCCCUCAACAUGCUCAAGAUGAACGAAUAGCGUGCAUUUUAAUGAAUAACAUCCAACAACUCAGGGUACAACUCGAAAAAAUGUUUGAAUCGAUGGGAGGAAAAAGUUUGGAAGAAGACGCAGCCGAAAUUUUAACCGAACUUCAACAAACGUUAAACGGAACUUUAGACGAUUUAGCAACGGAAUUCGCGAAUAUCUUAGAACCAAGAAUCACUCAAAGUGUUAAGCAAUUAGCAGAUAUCUUGUUGGCAAUUAAAGGUAACGUCGACACAAAGAACGAACAAGCAGCGAGACAAAUGUGCGCGCCCGAUGCUGAUUACGUAUUAAGACCAUUAAUGGAUUUACUCGAUGGUUCUUUAUCUUUGUAUGCGGAAACGUGUGAAAAAACCGUGUUGAAAAGAUUAUUAAAGGAGUUAUGGAGGAUCGUUAUGAAAAUCUUGGAGAAAAAUGUUGUUUUACCACCGAUGUCAGAUCGAAGUUUGGUUUUCAAAAGCAUAACGGACAACGCAAAAAAUUUAGCCGCUAACACAAAAAUCGAGGAUAUGUCGCGAUUAUUUAAAAACCACAUGACGGGUAAACAAGACGUUAAAAACGCUUUGAGUGGCGUGAUGGACAUUUCGAAAGAAGUCGAAAAGAAUUUAUCCCCGAAACAAUGCGUAGUUUUAGACGUGGCUUUAGAAACAAUUCGACAAUACUUCCACGCUGGAGGAAACGGACUGAAAAAGACCUUCUUAGAGAAGAACCCCGAAUUGAUGAGCUUGAAGUAUGCCUUAUCGUUGUACACGCAAACGACGGAUUCUUUAAUAACCACUUUUGUGAUAUCUCAAGUUAACCAAGUGCCGCUUAACAAUAAAGACACGUACCUCGAGCGGCAAAUUUCUGGUGAAAAGGACGAAACUGAACAGGGACAAGAGGCGCAGGAGGAGCCUAGGAGGUCCAAGAAAAUUAAACAGACCCAACAAGAUUCGAUCGACCAACAAGACUGUGUAGGUGAAGUAUCGAUUCAAGUAGACCUCUUUACGCAUCCAGGGACUCCAACUGAACAUAAAGUUACUGUUAAAGUGGUUGCCGCAAACGAUUUGAAAUGGACACUCGUCUCGGGAAUGUUUAGGCCUUUUGUCGAAGUAAACCUAAUCGGUCCAUGGUUAUCCGACAAGAAAAGAAAAUUCGCCACGAAAUCCAAAUCAAACAAUUGGUCGCCAAAAUAUAAUGAGAGCUUUAUCUUCUUCAUCUCAACUGCACAUUGCGAAGAAAUCGACACAGAAAAUGGUCGAAGGCCACCAACCACUGAAGAAGCGCUCAGCAGGUACGAACUUCACAUUUGUGUCAAAGAUUACUGCUUUGCUCGGGAGGAUCGUUUGGUCGGUGUGGCCGUCAUGCAAUUAAAAGAUAUUGUCGCUCGGGGUUCAAUUGCUUGUUGGUUAUCGUUAGCGAAACGCAUCCACAUCGAUGAAACGGGAUGGACGGUUUUGCGGAUUCUUUCGCAACGAGCAAACGAUGACGUGGCCAAAGAAUUUGUUAAGCUUAAAUCGGAAAUACGGCAAGAAAAUCUUCCACCGAACCAGUGAAGAAGAAAUUGUAGUUGGAAAAAUGAGGAGAUGAAAAAACCGGCCACGUUUUUUGAGAUUAUAACCGUCCCCCGCAAAAGAAAUAAUAAUAACCCGACCACAACAAAUUUAAUGAA